AAAACAGGUCCAGAUUGAAGUUGCCAGUGUGUGAGAGUAUGUAGGUGUCUGUGCGUGAUGCUCCACCCAGCCUCCCAUUCCUGAACGCUUCCGAUAUGUCCACACCUCAAAGCCAACCCCCUCAAAAUAUCCAGGUGAGAGCAAGUCAGUUAGCAUCGAUACAAGGCCAGCUGGGACGCACUUGGCAGUCAGGAAGCACCUCUUUUCUGCUGCGCCUCUCUGCCUAAGGGUGAGACCAUCAAGAACCUCGUCCCACCUGGUCUCCUGAGGUGAUCUCCUUCAGCCUCCUCCACCUCUAAGGUAGCAGUCAUGAACUGGUCUGCGCUGGAGGCCCUCCUCAGUGGGGUCAACAAGUACUCCACCGUGUUCGGCCGCAUCUGGCUCUCCAUGGUCUUCGUCUUCCGGGUGAUGGUGUUCGUGGUGGCGGCCCAGCGAGUGUGGGGCGACGAGAGCAAGGACUUUGUCUGCAACACGGCCCAGCCGGGCUGCAACAACGUGUGCUACGACCACAUCUUCCCCAUCUCCCACAUCCGCCUGUGGGCCCUGCAGCUCAUCUUCGUCACCUGUCCGUCGCUGAUGGUGGUGGGGCACGUCAAGUAUCGUGAGAAGAAGGACAUGCAGUACACCGCCUCGCACAAGGGUGCCCACCUGUACGCCAACCCUGGGAAGAAACGCGGGGGGCUGUGGUGGACUUACCUGGUGAGUCUGAUUUUCAAGGCAAGCUUCGAUGCUGGAUUCCUUUACGUGCUGUACUACAUCUAUGAGGGUUACGACAUGCCCCGCCUGUCCAAGUGCUCCCUGGCGCCGUGCCCCAACACGGUGGAUUGCUACAUAUCACGUCCCACUGAGAAGAAGAUCUUCACCCUCUUCAUGGUGGUCUCCUCUGCCGUCUGCAUCUUUAUGUGCAUCUGUGAGAUGAUCUACCUCAUCUGCAAACGCAUCCAGAAACUCAUUAGGAGGAAGACUGAGGCAGAGAGGAGGCUGUUCGCCGAGACGCACGAGAUGACACCUCUGGCAGCGCCCAGGUCAGAGUUCAGGUCCAAAACGUCAAUCCGAGUGGAUCCUACAGCCUCUAUCCACAACCUCAGUAAUAUCAAGGCUGAGGAGGGGCUGACUCAGAAAGAAUAACGUGCAAUAUGGCAUCGGUUAUGUUGAAAAACUGAGCAAAGUACUCAAGGGACCACUGCAAGCGAAUGUGUUCAUCAGACUCCGUGGAGAACUGCUGCUCAACAUCAAAGAUCAUCAUCAGUUCAGGGAUCUCCGAGACAGCGUUUUGUAAAUAUUGCAGAGUUAAAUGACUUUCUGCGGGCACGCACACCUUAUGCAUGCAAAUUGACCCCUCAACAAGGAUGAUUGCAGAGGGAGUUAAAGGGUUUAGAGUAUAUUUUGGAACUGGUUUGUAUUGUGUGUUGACGUGUGCAUGUGUGUGUGUUUUUGUGUAUGUACCAUUGGCCAGUCGUAUGUUUAAGCUGUUAUCAGGUGCCUUGUCACUAAAACUAGAAAUCUAAAAUGCUGAAAUGACUCAAGUGAUGUAAGUACAGUAUAGAGAGUGAACUUCUCUGAACAUACACACACUGCCUCCUAAUGAAUAAAACAGCAUAAAGCACACAAAGCACAUCCUUUAGGGGCAACACAGCAACUGACAGAAAGCACUUCGAGGUCAUAUAUUUUGUUUUACGUUUUCUAUUUAUUGUUCUGAUCCAUAAACUUUUUUCACUGUUAAAACAUUUGGGUUCUCUGUUCUUUUUGAAAAACCUUUCAUAAUUAUCAUCCAUGAAACAGUUUAUGAUUGUCAGUUAAGGGCUUUUAUCUGUGAAGAUACAGUGUGGGACAAGAAAAAGAGACAGUGUUUCCGUAAACAAUAACAAUGGUGGUCAAAAAUAAAUAAUGAAUGGAUACACAUGAAGUGGGCUGUGUACAGUAUAUGCACGUAUACAUGUCCACCCAGUUCAUAUAUAACCAUCACAUGUAUAUAGAAAUAAAACCCUAAAGACUCUUAAGUAAACCCUGUAUUUGUUAGAGGACUAAGCACUGGGUUAUAUUUAUGAGAAACACUCCACUCUGCCAUCCAGUCUGAAGCAGGGGAUGUUGGUGUGGUUUUGACAGAUGUAUAAAUGCACCAAUAGCUUCCCUGAGCUGGACACGAAUGUACAAAUCCCACUGCAGCGAAGGUAUGACCCGCUCUACUCUAUCUAGCCUCUGAUUGGCUCUGCCUAAUAAAGGUGUU